CUUUGUUUUGGAUGAGAAGCGAAAAUAGGUAGUUGCUGUAAGAAAAAUCACAUUUGUGUAUGAUUUUUUCGAAAAAUGUUGGACUUUAACGUAGUUUUUCUCUGCAUCUUUUCGUUUAGAUGGUUUAACAACAGCUUAUGGUAUCAAAGAUGAUGUUCUUGAAGACAAAUGGCCUUCAAUUCAAACAGCAUUGGUUCAGUUACGUAGAGAUGUAUUACACGGAAAAUGUAUGAAAGUUGAUCAACAUGCACAAUCGAAUGAAACUGGUAUAAGCAAUGGAAAUGAUGAUGAAGAACAACAACAACAAUUGAACACAACCAAUGAUAAUGAAGAUCAAGAUCAAAUAAAUCUAGAUAAUAGUGAAGAUGAUGAAACAAAUGAAGACAGUGAAACUGAUUCAGAAUAG